ACGGUCGUUAUUGUUGUUUUUAUUUUCGCGUACGUCUUCGUAUAGCAUAAUCGGCGCUAAUAAAUACGUUAACCUACAAAUUGUAUAUACAUCAGUUUUUUCAAGCACUGUCGCAAAAAUGAGUCUACCCACCGUGAGUGAUUAUUCCAUGCUGGAAAAGAUUGGCACUGGAAGUUAUGCGACUGUAUACAAAGCAUUUAAGAAGGGUGGGAGUCGAGAGAUAGUCGCUAUCAAGUGCGUGGAUAAAGGCACGCUUUCAAAAUCAGCAAUCGACAAUCUCGUGACGGAGAUCAGGCUGUUAAAUGUCCUCAAGCACGAGUAUAUCGUAGAGAUGAAAGAUUUUUUCUGGGAUGAAGGGCAUAUAUAUAUCGUCAUGGAGUACUGUGACGGUGGAGACUUGUCGAGCUUUAUAAAGAAAAAGCACAAGCUACCCGAAAACAUUUGUCGCAGAUUUCUGCAACAGCUCGCAUUAGCGUUGAGAUAUUUGCGCGAUCAUAAUGUUUGCCACAUGGAUCUCAAACCGCAAAAUUUACUCUUAACGAGAAAACCUCAAUUAACACUCAAAGUUGGAGAUUUUGGUUUCGCGCAAUAUCUCUCAAAUUCGGAGCACAAAUUCGCGAUACGUGGUUCGCCCCUUUACAUGGCACCCGAAAUGCUGUUGAAACAUAAAUACGACGCUCGUGUCGAUCUGUGGAGUGUCGGCGUGAUCAUGUAUGAGUGUCUUUUCGGGAAAGCUCCCUAUUCUAGCAGCAGCUUUCAGGAGCUUGCAGAAAAGAUCAAGGACAGCCAACCUAUUGAGAUACCAAAGGCGGCUCAUGUGUCGGCGACGUGUAAGGAUUUACUUAUGGCUCUAUUAAAACACAAUCCUGACGAUCGAAUAACGUAUAAUGAAUUUUUCGCGCAUGAAUUUCUGGACUUAGAACACGCGCCGACAAAAGAAAAUUACGAUAAGGCAGUGGCAUUAGUGCAUCAAGCUGUUGAAAUGGAUGCUGAAAAGAAUGUGAAAGAAGCAUUUUAUCUUUACUGCGAGGCUCUUAGAUAUUUCAUUCCAAUCUUAACAAAUGAAAGUGAUCUAAAGCGAAAGGAAAUGUUACGGCAUCGCGUGAAUGAUUAUAUAAGGAGAGCAGAAACGCUUAAAGUGGCAUUUGUAGACGAUAACAAUGAAAAUGUGCACCAUCUGAAAAAGGAAACGCUUCCCUUGCAGAGGAUAUCGUCUUUAGAGAGAAAUUCGGCAUUCGCAUACAACGAAUUACGAAUUAUCAGUAAAAGUACCUCUGGUAUGACAGCUGCACUUGAAAUAGGAGAAGCUGCUGAACAAUAUCUUGCUGAGGGUAGUUAUGCCUUGGCUCUAGAAAAAUUUCAAUCUUGUCUGGGUGUACUUGUGCCUUUAUUGGGUAAGGAACCAUUUGGCCGAAGAAGAGAUUUGCUGUAUAAGCAGAUACAAAUUUGGAUGAAGGAAGCUGAAAGUACCAAAGGACUUCUAGCUACAAAGGACAUAGAUUCCUCGCCACGAACAUCCGACGAACAAUGUAUACUACAGUAAUGUAUCAUAGGAUUGGGAGGCCAUAAUAAUUAUUUAAUUCCAAUUCUCUACAGUGCCGGAUUAACCUAUUAAUAUGCGGUUCUAGGUAAAUUUUGGUGGGCCUAUGUAAGGCGAGAAUUUUUUGAAAAUUAAUUAAACAUAUAAGCUAGUGCUUAUAUGUUUAAGGAACUGCAAUUAAUAUAAUACAAAAUAAUUUUUUUGGUUAUAAAUAAAAUUUGUCUUCACUGGUUGGUGGGGGCCCAUAGGCAGUGCCUAGUUUGCUUAUUGGUUAAUCCGGCCCUGAUUCUCUACAUUCUUUUAAUUUAUAAAUUUGUGAUAUUUUCAAUUAUUCACGCAUCAUGUGAAUGUUAAUAAUUUA